AUGAGCAGAAAAGAAAAGAGUGUUGCUGUUAAGAGCAAGAAGCCUAGAUCUUCUCUUUCGAACGGCAAGUCGUCUUCGGUCAAGAAGACGAAGGCUGUCGAGCAUAGUAAGAAGGUCGCUAGUUUGAAGAAGAGCAGAAAGCAAAAGGAGGAAUCUCCUGAGGAAUCUGAUAUCGAAAACGACGAAGAUGAAGUUGAAGAUGCUGAAGUUGAAGAGCUGGAUCAAGAGUUUGACGAGGUCGAGGGUCUGCUAGACGUCGAGGCUGAAGAGAAUGAAGAUGACGAAGAAGAAGAGAAUGAAGACGAUGAAGAAGAAAAUGACGAUGAUGAAGAAGAGGAAGAAGAUGAGGAGAAAGAAAAUGGUGACGAAAACGAGUUUGAGGAUGAAAACGGUAACAUCACAGCACCAUCCAAGUCGGCAAUUGUAGCUUCGUCAGGGUCGGCAUCAGGACCUGAUCCCACGCUCUUUUCCGAGCUUAAACUGUCUGAAAACACAGCCAAGGCUAUUACAGAAAUGGGGUUCAAGAAAAUGACUUCGGUCCAAGCUCGCGCUAUCCCACCUUUGUUGGCUGGUAGAGACGUUCUUGGUGCUGCCAAGACUGGAUCCGGUAAGACUCUUGCAUUCCUUAUUCCCGCUAUUGAGCUUUUGUAUUCGCUCAAGUUCAAGCCUCGAAAUGGUACUGGUGUUAUUAUUAUCUCGCCCACUCGUGAGUUGGCACUUCAAAUUUUCGGAGUUGCUCGUGAACUCAUGGCCCAUCAUACACAGACGCUGGGUAUCGUGAUUGGCGGUGCCAACCGUAGAGCUGAGGCUGAGAAGUUGGUCAAGGGAGUUAAUUUAAUUGUCGCUACUCCUGGUAGACUAUUAGAUCAUUUACAAAACACAAAGGGAUUUGUUUUCAAGAAUCUCAAAGCACUUGUUAUUGAUGAGGCCGACCGUAUUCUUGAAAUCGGUUUCGAGGAUGAAAUGAAACAGAUUAUUAAAAUCCUACCUCAACGAGACGACCGUCAAUCGAUGUUGUUUUCUGCUACACAAACUACUAAAGUCGAAGAUCUGGCGAGAAUUUCCCUACGUCCUGGUCCUCUUUAUAUCAAUGUCGACUCUGAGAAGGAGACUUCCACAGCUGACGGUCUUGAACAGGGUUAUGUGGUGUGCGACUCAGAUAAACGAUUCUUGCUUCUAUUCUCUUUCUUGAGACGAAACAAAAAUAAAAAAGUCAUUGUAUUCCUGUCGUCUUGUAACUGUGUCAAGUUCUACGGCGAGCUGUUAAAUUACAUCGAUUUGCCCGUGCUCGAUCUUCACGGCAAACAGAAGCAACAGAAACGUACCAACACCUUCUUCGAGUUCUGUAAUGCCAAACAGGGUAUUCUCAUUUGUACCGAUGUUGCUGCUAGAGGUCUUGAUAUCCCUGCAGUCGACUGGAUCAUCCAAUUCGAUCCUCCAGAUGAUCCUCGUGAUUAUAUCCACCGUGUCGGACGUACUGCCAGAGGUACUCAAGGAAAGGGCAAAUCGCUCAUGUUCCUUACACCAUCCGAACUUGGAUUCCUGCGAUACCUCAAGGCCGCCAAGGUGCCACUGAACGAGUACGAGUUCCCUGCCAGCAAAAUUGCCAACGUUCAAGGACAACUGGAGAAGCUGGUGUCGUCCAACUACUGGCUCAACCAAUCGGCCAAAGACGGCUACCGAGCCUAUCUCCAAGCCUACUCGUCGCACCAUCUGAAGACUGUGUACCAAAUCGACAAAUUAGAUCUCGUCAAAGUGGCCAAAUCGUUCGGAUUCAACAUCCCUCCUAAAGUCAACAUCACCAUUGGUGCGUCAGGCCGUGCUCCCAAGAAAAACAACGGUCAAAACGACUACAAAAAACGCAAGUUCAACAACUCCUCGAGGAGGUAA